AUGAAUGGAAAAGGCUGCAACCUCCUAGUCUCACCCACCAGCAUGCCAAAAUCUCUGGGUGCCAUAACUGGGCAGCAGGUACCACACAUCCGAGUGCAUGCUGGUAGUUCCCGAACUUCCUCAAACCAGGGAACCCCAUGUUCUGGCAGUGGAAUGGGCACCGGAGCUGUGGGACCUGGAAGUACGGUGCUUCUACCUGCUCUGAGCCUGCGUAGGCAAGUGCUGACCAACAGGAAGCAUCAUGGCACCUUCAACGUCCCACAAACUUCAUGGCAGCAAGUGUCUUCACUUCCUCGUCCACCUGGCAAUUCCAAUACAGCGAGAUUAAAUGGCUCACAGAGUGGCGUCAAAGGUUCUCACUCAUUCAGGACCAAUAGAAAGCUGUUGGGCGAGUAUGGUAAAUCAAACCUGUCAGAGACAAGCAGUGCUAUGGUUGUACAGAGUGUGAGUCCAGUGUCCACGAUCCAAACUUCUGCUUCGCACUGCCCUCCUCCAUCUCUGGGCCUUUUUGUGCCCUUCACAGAUGCCAGGUCUGUGUUGUCCAGAGAGUCCCUGGCUUCCACCACCCUGAGCAUCGCUGAGAGCCAAUCAAUACGCAGCAGCAAGUUGGACUGGCCCUAUGGCUAUCGUGUGCUGCCACCACUAGGUCAGCAGAGCAUCUUUAACCAGACAGCUGAAGGAUCAGACCUUCUGAACCUCCCACCAGGUACUGCCAUGUCUGGAGCCACGAGUAGCUCCAAUCCAACUUCACUUCCUGCUUACCUGUUUAAGGAAGACAUCAGCAGCCCCCGCCAAUCCAGUCGUUCCAAAAAAAGAGCCCUCUCCAUCUCCCCUCUGUCUGAUGGCAUUGGCAUUGACUUAAACUCCAUUAUUCGGACAUCACCAACCUCUUUGGUGGCAUACAUAAUCGGUUCCCAAAGUUCUCCAGCAUCACAGCCUACUCCCUCACCACUGCAGUCUGAUGUAUGUGGGCAUCUUUUGGGGGUCCGGGGAAGCUGUAUUCCCAAUCCCAGCUUUGGAUAUCCUUGUCCCAAGGUCAGUUCCACUUUUGGUCAGACCUUAACAAGCAACCACCAUUCUGAGAGAGUAAGUCUCAGCAUGCAGAAGUUAGAAGAACGGGGUGCACAUGACAGCCCAAUAGGAGGAACUAAUCUAGUAGUGGAGCAUCAGCUUCUGCCAGGACAGGAAAUUCUGAUAAGUAACAUUGCAGCAGGAGAUAAUGUUCCUCAUCACAACAUUCGGGAAAGCACUACACACCUUCAAUUUGAAAUUUCAGCCAUCGUUAGGUCCCCAAGCCCACCUAGGGGACCUCCACCACCCUAUCACUCCCACCAUGUACACCGACUACCAAAUGGCCACAUUGGGUGCACUCAGAAUCCCGCAGACCCACGUUUUAUUCCUCCUACAGACAAAUCUGGUGUUUUGCCCCUGGCUCUAUGCCCAAUGUUAGAGGAGGAAGAGGGGGAGCUUGAUGAUUUUAAUGGAGGACACUGUUGCCGUUGGCUGGAUUGUAGUGCCACAUACAGUCACCAAGAGGAGCUGGUCAAGCAUAUCGAGAAACUACAUAUUGAUCAGCGCAAAGGAGAGGACUUCAUCUGCUUCUGGGCAGGGUGUCCACGCAGACACAAGCCUUUCAAUGCUCGUUACAAACUCCUAAUCCACAUGCGGGUACAUUCGGGGGAGAAACCUAACAGAUGUACGUUUGAAGGCUGUCAGAAGGCGUUCUCGCGCCUAGAGAACCUCAAAAUCCACCUACGGAGCCACACAGGAGAGAAACCAUACACGUGUCAGCAUCCCGGCUGUCAGAAAGCCUUCAGCAACUCCAGCGACCGUGCCAAGCACCAGCGCACGCAUGUUGACAUGAAACCUUACGCGUGUCAGGUUCAAGGCUGCCAAAAACGCUACACCGAUCCCAGCUCUUUGCGAAAGCAUGUCAAAUCACACUCCAUCAAAGAGCAGCAGGCCAGGAAGAAGCUGAGAGCCAGCACCGAGAUCUACCAGGAUGGACUUUCUGAGUGUUUAACGAUCCAGCCUCUGCAGCACAGCUUGUCACCUUUGGAGCUGAUCGAGAGCCAAUCUCCUUGUCUUCCUGCUGACAUGUACACAGAUGUGUUCUCCCUCAACCAGUCCAGCCAAGUGACUCCUGGUCAGGUUCAGCAUUCCACCUGUGGCUCUCAUGUCCCAUUAUCUGCACUACCUCCAACGAACAACAGGUUUGAUGCUCCUGGAGCACAGCAUCCAACCCACCAGGCCACACCUUCAAUUCCUCAUUCGCACCACCACAUGGUGGCAGCACAAAAAAACAGCACACUCCCAGGAUAUCCAGAGCACACGGCAGCAUCCCUGCCUCCUCCUCAAGACAAUUUCCCGAGUCAUACCCAGACAGUAUGCCCGCCUUCAUACACUGACUCGCUACAGACUGGAAAGCAGAUCUCUGCCUGUUCCAUGAUGCAGAUCCCCAUGUUCACGGACAACCUGGGUUCCACAGGCACAGCUCAACAGGAACCUGAGCUGAUCCACCAAACCCUGUCGAGCAUCGCAGAGUUUGAUCCACAGGGCAGAUCUGAGGAUUCUUUAGGAGAUCUGAAGCAUUCGGUGUCAGACGAUAACUACCUUCACGUACAAGCACAUCACAUGGACCAACGCCCAGACCAGCUCUCAUGCGUCUACAUGGAGGGGUGA